CUCGUGCUUUUGCCUCCACUUUCUUCUUAAGUUCCUCCUCUUUUUCUUCUUCUACAGCGGAGAAAGAAGCCCAGACCAGUCGAGUACUGUUGCUGCUGCCAAAGUCUCGUGCUGCUUGCUCUGCUCUGCUCUGCUUUGCUUGUCGAGGUCGCGAGGGUCUCCAGAUCUAAACUUGAUCACUCCAUCAUCAGCUCUUUUUUUAUUGUAUUAUUCUUCCCUUGUUGUAAAGUCUCUCGCGGCCCGACAUAGCUGCGAGCUCCGCUUCUGAGUCCGUCUUACUGCUCUGCUCUCUUGCUUAUCGAUUUCCCAUAUCCGGCUCUGUGCCCCCCGGAGAUAAGAAAGUGCUGUUGCUUAAGCCGAGGCGCCGGCUCAAUUUUCCGCAACCAACCUCUUAGUGAUCAACUUGAUCCAAGAGCAUCAUCGAGCUUACGGCUCAUUGGGAUAGGAAUUGGGGUUUCAAUCAGCUCUGCCAUUUGUUUCAGGGCUUCUUUGCACAAUUGAUAGGCCAGAUCAGUUGCCACUUGAUCAAUUGGACCUCUUCUUCUACGUCGCUUCUACGUCGCUACUCUUCGAUUCUUUUUCUUGACGAGCAUUAUUUGCUCGAAUCCGCAACAAUGGUUCUCACUCACACGACAAACCAUAACUAUAAUCACCCAUUCCCGACUGUCACUCUUGCCUACUUCCUCCGAUACUCCUCGCCUCAGCUAAACCCCUUCGCCGCCCAUGUUCUCAGCACCGACACCAUUGAGAGCUAUGUCGACCCAAAAACCCGUCGACUUCACACAACUCGCAUCCAUUUGAAGAAAAGUCGAAUGCCUGGUGCCGUUUACAAGCUACUUCCUGCUAGUGUCACUGGUGGUGGCUCUGGAGACAAGGCAUCAUACAUCCUCGAGACGAGUGUUGUCGAUAUCAAGGAGGGUUGGAUGAAGACGGAGAGUCGGAACCUCAAUUUCACCGGCGUGCUUUCUGUCAUUGAGAAGCAGGAGUUCAACGUCCCUGCUGAGGGCUCCAACCAGAAUCCUAACGAGACUGCUGUGACGACUAUGGUUCAGUUUAGGUCAAGACUCGGUGAUAAAAUCAGGGGCAAGCUGGGACAAGCUCAAGAGGACGGCUGGUUUAAGAAUGGUAUCAUUGGUGGCUGGGGCACGAAGGGUAUUCAGCGCAGCAUCGAGAGCAUUGCCUCCACCAAGACGCAGGAUCAAAUGGGGAAAAGCCGAGAUGGCAUGAAACUCGUCCUCGAACGAUUGCGCAACAAUGGCGUAAUGGGAGUCCUCGAGACGAUACGGCGAGAACGUCAGCGACAGCUCGCUUAAACGCAUAACGAUACGACCAACUGCAACAAUGAACGACAACGGCCUUGGAGCAGCACAACCUCGGGAGGGAAAGGUUCCUGAUGGGCUGUGUACGCUCUGUGUAUUAUUAUUGCAUUUCACCCGAGCCUGGCGUAUGUGUCUUUUUUUGGGUAGGAGAAUAUGUGGAAAAUCUGGAGAUUGAUGCUGGAAUCAACCAGCGGAGCGGAUGAGGGGACAGAAUAACGUGCGACGACACGACGCCUCGACUAUAUGUGGCAUCCCCUCUCUUGUAUUGUGUAUGAAAAAUGAAUGGAAACAAAAAUUUAAACAAGUUUAUUCAUCUAGUGAUUGACCGCGCGGAUAUGAGGUUUGGGCUUGCCUGACAGCUGAUCUGAACUAACAAGCUUGAGGCGUAUACGUUCUAAUCCAGAGCACAUGGACCUACUUAUAGCAAAUGUAUAUACACGCGAACCUGUUACAUGAUAUUAUAGACUAUGUCCAAGUGAUGCAGCCGUACUUCAAGCA